UAUCACAACGCCGCGAAACUCGCCGUCACACUUAUUUUUUAUUUUUUUUCUUACUCCUUCAGUUGUAAACGUCAACACCAAAUUUCGUUGAAGGGAGAUAGAGAGAGAGGCUUGCCAUUUAGAUCGUUUUUGUGAUCUCCUCUUUUUUUAUUAUCCAAGUACCCAAAGAUUCUAGUGUUCUAGUGUUCUAGUCUACUAAGUGGGCUUUUUAUAGGCCUUUCCUUAUCUAGUACAUACCGCCUCCAUUUCGUCGUUUUAUCGUGUCUUCACUUGAACGAAUUUCGACGAAUCGACACGGAUGCCUCGUGCUGUCGCUUCCCCCUAAUAACUACCUAUCCUUGACAACCUUCCGUCCUCUUGCGACGCGACCGAACCUAAUUCCUUCUUUAUUCCUCAUACCGACGCACCACAGCCUCCCAUGUCGCAUAGCUACGAUGUCGGUACGAGAGCUUGGCAGCCAGAUGCCACCGAGGGCUGGGUGGCAUCCGAGGUUGUCAAGAAGACUGUCGAUGGUGACAAGGUGACCUUGGUAUUCAAGCUGGAAAAUGAAGAGACCAAGGAAGUAAAGCUCUCUCUGGAGGCUCUGCAAAACUCUAACGACCCGUCGUUGCCACCGCUAAUGAACCCUUCGAUGCUCGAAGCCAGUGAUGAUUUAACGAAUCUUUCCCAUCUUAACGAACCGGCCGUGCUUCAGGCCAUUCGUCUACGUUAUGCGCAAAAAGAAAUCUACACAUAUAGUGGUAUAGUGCUUAUAGCUACGAAUCCUUUUGCUCGAGUCGACUCUCUAUAUGUCCCUGGUAUGGUCCAGGUCUACGCUGGCAGGCAGAGGGAGACACAAGCGCCCCACCUGUUCGCCAUCGCAGAAGAAGCUUUCAUGAAAAUGGUAAAAGAUGGCAAGAAUCAAACUGUCGUAGUUUCAGGAGAGUCUGGUGCCGGAAAGACUGUUAGUGCCAAAUAUAUCAUGAGAUAUUUCGCAACGAGAGAAUCCCCCGACAACCCAGGAAGCAAGUCUAAGAAGGGCGCCGAAGCGAUGAGUGAGACGGAAGAGCAGAUUUUGGCGACUAACCCUAUCAUGGAAGCUUUCGGUAACGCCAAAACCACACGAAACGACAACUCGUCGCGAUUCGGAAAGUACAUAGAGAUUAUGUUCGACAGUAAGACGAAUAUUAUCGGUGCCAGGAUCCGAACUUAUCUACUUGAACGGUCAAGAUUGGUCUUUCAGCCCCUGAAAGAAAGGAAUUACCACAUUUUCUAUCAAUUUUUGGCCGGCGCAACGGAUAAAGAACGACAGGAACUUGGUCUUUUGCCGAUAGAACAGUUCGACUAUCUUAACCAGGGUAAUUCGCCGACAAUCGAUGGAGUAGACGACAAGGCCGAAUUUCUAGCAACUAAGAGCUCAUUGAAGACGAUUGGUGUAGACGAAUCUCAACAAUCGGGCAUUUUUAACCUGCUUGCUGGUCUACUGCACCUGGGUAACGUUAAGAUCGGUGCCUCCAGGAACGACAGUGUACUAGCUCCCACGGAACCCUCUUUAGAGCGAGCAUGUGCUAUCCUUGGAAUCGACCCUACGAAUUUCGCCAAGUGGAUCGUAAAGAAGCAACUUAUUACCCGCGGUGAGAAGAUCGUAUCGAACUUGACGCAACAGCAAGCUUUGGUCGUUCGAGAUUCCGUCGCCAAGUACAUUUACUCGAGUCUUUUCGAUUGGUUGGUGGAAAUUAUUAACAGGAGUCUUGCCACCGACGAAGUUUUGAGCCGCGUCGGUUCCUUUAUUGGUGUUCUUGAUAUUUACGGUUUCGAGCACUUUGCCAAGAACUCUUUCGAACAGUUCUGUAUCAACUACGCCAACGAAAAGUUACAGCAACAAUUCAAUUCUCACGUGUUCAGGUUAGAACAGGAAGAAUACGUCCGCGAACAGAUUGACUGGAAAUUCAUCGAAUUCUCCGAUAACCAGCCAUGUAUCGAUUUAAUCGAAGGUAAAUUGGGUAUCCUAUCCCUCCUCGACGAAGAAUCUAGGUUACCUAUGGGCGCGGAUGAGCAGUUCGUUACCAAGCUCCACCACAACUUCUCCGGCGACAAGAACAAGUUCUACAAGAAGCCCCGUUUCGGAAAGUCCUCUUUCACUGUUUGCCAUUAUGCCGUUGACGUCACUUACGAAUCCGAGGGUUUCAUUGAGAAGAAUAGGGAUACAGUACCCGAUGAGCACAUGGAAAUUCUUCGUGCAACGACGAACAAAUUCCUCGCUAAGGUCAUCGCCGCAGCCUCGGCUGUCCGUGAGAAGGAUGUUGCCUCCUCCGGUUCCGCCGUUGCCCGACCCACGGCAGGAAGGAAGAUAGGAGUCGCUGUUAACCGCAAGCCGACUCUUGGUGGCAUCUUCCGUUCUUCCCUUAUCGAACUAAUGACCACAAUUGGUAACACAAAUGUCCAUUACAUCCGUUGUAUCAAGCCCAACGAGGCCAAGGUUGCAUGGAAAUUCGAGGGCCCUAUGGUUCUUAGUCAACUGAGAGCUUGUGGUGUACUCGAGACUAUUCGCAUUAGUUGUGCGGGUUAUCCGGGUCGCUGGACCUACGAAGAAUUUGCUUUGCGAUACUAUCUGCUGAUCCCAUCAAGCCGGUGGCAGACGGAAAUCAGACAGCUAGUGAAGGAAAUUCUCGCGCAGGCCCUUGGUUCGCUCACUGGUACCGGAACCGACAGUUAUCAGCUCGGUUUGACCAAGAUCUUCUUCCGUGCUGGUAUGUUGGCGCACCUGGAGAAUCUCCGUCAGAACCGUAUGAGCGAAGCUGCGAUCAUGAUCCAGAAGAACCUCAAGGCCAAGUUCUAUCGUCGCAAGUACCUUCAAGCGCGCGAAUCAAUCAUUACUUUCCAGUCACUUUUCAGGGCUUACUCCACUCGGGUCAAGGCUCAGGAGCUACGUACUGUCAAGGCUGCAACCACCAUCCAGAGAGUAUGGAAGGGACAAAAGCAAAGGAAGCAAUUCCUACGUAUCCGCAACAGCGUUAUCCUUGUGCAGGCUGUUGCCAAGGGUUACCUGCGAAGAAGGGAGAUCAUGGAAACUCGCGUGGGCAAUGCCGUUAUACUAAUCCAACGAGUGUGGCGAUCAAGGAGACAACUCCGAUCCUGGAGAAAUUACCGAAAGAAGGUCGUCUUGAUCCAGAGCUUGUGGCGUGGAAGGACAGCCCGAAAGGAGUACAAGACAAUGCGCGAGGAAGCCCGAGAUCUGAAGCAGAUUUCCUACAAGCUGGAAAACAAGGUCGUCGAACUCACACAAUCACUAGGUACCAUAAAGAGCCAGAACAAGAACCUCCAGAACCAGGUGGAAAACUACGAAAGCCAGAUCAAGUCGUGGAAGAACCGACACAAUGCUCUCGAGACCAGAACAAAGGAACUUCAAGCGGAAGCCAACCAGGCCGGUAUUGCUGUAGCCAAGCUACAGGCUAUGGAGGAGGAGAUGAAGAAGCUCCAGCACAACUUCGACGAGUCGACUUCAAGCGUCAAGAGAAUGCAAGAGGAAGAACGGGAAUUGAAGGAGUCUCUAAGGACCGCAAACGCCGAGCUGGAACGCAUCAAGAGGGAGAGCACACUCCACGAGAACGAGAAGAUGACGUUGCGCGAACAGCUAGCACAGAUGGCCGAGGAGCUAGAAUUGGCCAAACGAUCAGCCCCGAUCAAUGGAGAACUUACCAAUGGCAACGCCGCAGCUGCUCCUCCCAAUGGUCUUAUCAACUUGGUAUCUUCCAAGAAGCCGAAGCGCCGAAGCGCAGGUGCGGAGCCGAGCGGUCCAUUGGAUCGCUUCAGUGCCGCAUACAACCCUCGUCCUGUCUCCAUGGCCAUUGCUAGCGGGAACCGGCCCGGCGUGGGCUAUCUUCCUGCAGCCGACACUAUCGAAAUGGAAUUGGAGAACUUGCUUGCCGAUGAAGAUGGCUUGAAUGAGGAGGUGACAAUGGGUCUCAUCAAAAACCUGAAGAUUCCAUCACCAAACACCACCCCACCACCAUCAGACAAGGAAGUCCUCUUCCCCUCUUACCUCAUCAACCUUGUUACAUCCGAGAUGUGGAACAACGGCUUCGUUAAGGAGUCUGAGAGGUUUCUGGCUAACGUUAUGCAAUCGAUCCAACAAGAGGUCAUGCAUUACGACGGAGACGAUGCCAUCAACCCCGGUGCCUUCUGGCUAUCCAACGUGCACGAAAUGCUAUCAUUCGUAUUCCUCGCUGAGGAUUGGUACGAGGCGCAGAAGACGGACAACUAUGAGUAUGACCGACUUUUGGAGAUUGUCAAGCACGAUCUUGAGAGUCUAGAGUUCAAUAUCUAUCACACUUGGAUGAAGAUUCUCAAGAAGAAGCUCCAGAAGAUGAUCAUCCCGGCCAUUAUUGAAUCCCAGUCUUUGCCCGGCUUCGUCACGAACGAAAGUAACAGAUUCCUCGGCAAGCUGUUGGCGACGAACUCACAGCCUGCGUAUAGCAUGGAUAACCUUUUAAGCUUAUUGAACAAUGUGUUCAGGGCGAUGAAGGCUUAUUACCUUGAGGAUAGCAUCAUCACCCAAACCGUCACCGAACUUCUUAAGUUGGUGGGUGUGACCGCAUUCAACGAUCUGCUCAUGCGAAGGAAUUUCCUGUCGUGGAAGCGUGGCCUGCAAAUUAACUACAAUAUUACUCGAAUUGAGGAGUGGUGCAAGAGCCAUGAUAUGCCCGAGGGUACCCUACAGCUCGAGCAUCUUAUGCAAGCAACGAAACUUCUGCAACUUAAGAAGGCAACACUCAAUGAUAUCGAGAUCAUCCAAGAUAUCUGCUGGAUGCUUUCUCCCAACCAAAUUCAAAAGCUACUUAACCAAUACUUGGUAGCCGAUUAUGAACAGCCCAUUAACGGAGAGAUCAUGAAGGCAGUGGCAUCCAGGGUAACUGAGAAGAGCGAUGUCCUGUUGUUGGCAGCAGUAGAUAUGGAUGACAGCGGGCCGUACGAAAUCGCGGAGCCCCGUGCCAUCACCGCAUUAGAAACAUAUACACCAUCGUGGUUACAAACACCUCGACUGAAGAGAUUGGCCGAGAUAGUAUCUGCUCAGGCUAUCGCUCAACAGGAGAAGUUAGAGGCGGAUGAAUACGACGGCGAUGGUGAACUCGCAGAGGUUGACGAGAUUGAGGCGGAUACUGCGUAGAACCGCACUAUCAACUACUUCCGACCUUUCCAAAACGCACGUCUCCCCGCAGGGCUAAGGUUCAAAUCACUGAGGGUUACGAGGCAGCCAAGUUCGUGUUGAUAUACGAAACGCUCGGCAUGAUAGAGUCCCGCGGACCGUAGCACGAAGCGAUUUCGCACGAACCGAGGCAAGUAAGCCGGAAGGGUGCAUACACACAUUUAAUGGAUAUAUCAAGGCAUGAUUGAACUAGAAGGGCUCACGCGGACGACGGACUCGGGGCGUUUGAUGCAACCUUUUUAUUUCAAUUAAAAGGGAUAUUUUUUGCUAGACUGGGUCCGCGUGGGCCGGGGAGGAGGGAAGAGUGUAUGAAAAAAACUAAAUACGAACCUACCGAAGAAUAUUUGUGUAGCAUCUAGCUAGGUGUAUGGGUUGCCGUUGCUGCUGCUAUUGUUGAUGUACAUGCGAACGAAUGAGAAAUUUCGUUCCUCUAGGGAGGGUAGCGUUGUGUAUCUCUGGCAUUCGAAAUUACGAGAUGAUUCUCACUCGAUUUACAUUUAUACUGUCUUCAUUCUUGAUUGUCUAUUGUGUGAAAUUGUUAGAUUGCUACCUAGGUACGUAGAGUGUUAAAUGUUGGUUUGGUGGGUUUGAUGGGUGGCACGUGACUAUAUGUAGUUUUUUUUUUUUUACGUACUAAAUGAAGGUUUUGGUUAAGGGAGGUACAAUCUGCGAAAACUUCA